AUAAUUGCAAACGGAGCAAUGUCUGUUUCAGCUGGCGCAUGGUCAAGCUGACUUUAAAUGCGAACUGGACUUAGUCUUCUUGACAAGAUGCUUAGGAUUUCUGAACCGUCUUCCUGCCCUGCCGUUUUUACCGCUGCCAUUUCUCAGUGCGUCUCGGAGGUGGAAACCGGCACGUUGUUAUCCCUGUGUUACGAUCUAUGAAACAACAGGGCAUCUCUUUACUUCUGAAGCCCAUCACAUUACAUAACACUGCAGAAUUCCUUUUUACUUUGCUGUUCAAUUGCCAGUUGCCUACCAUGUCCAAAAGUACCACACAACGAACAUGCCAGCUCUCGAAUCCGGACAAGAGCCACGUGAUUAAAGUUUUACAAAGCAAGAAGCCUUAUACAUCUGAUGUCUAUCGCCCGUCAUCAAGUCAAGAGCAAAACGGAACAGCGUCCUCAGAAGUUACAAAAUCGGCUUUGAAAAAUGGCUCAACUCCAAGCCACAAACAGGAGAAACGAAACGUCCGAAUCAGCGAAUCGGGCCUGAGACAUGAAAUGCUUUUUGAACGGAAAAUUCGAGUAGCAAGUUUGGGUAAACCUGCCAACAUACGCGUCAAAAUCACGCAAAGCUACGAGCCAGUUGAUAAAGAGGAACUGAAAGUUCGAAAAGGACAGUAUGUGAAAAUAAUAUACCAAGAAAAUGACUGGGUUUACGCGGUUGAUUCGUUCGGAAAUGAAGGGUUUAUCCCGCUAUUUUACUGCUCGACAAGAAAUGUUUCCACCGACUCGAAGUCAAGCACCUCGGGUUACGAGGAUAGCUUCGAGGAUAGCGAAGACGGAGUCACCGAAAGAACUACUGUGGUCGAUUUUAACGAACCUCUAAAUGGAGCGAGCCAAAGCUCUAAUAACUCAAUGACUUACUUUCCUAAGAGAGCUUACGGUCCGCAGCUGACAGUUCUAUAUGACUACACUGCGCAUUAUGAGAAUGACUUAAGCGUGUGUCGCGGUGAGUUUGUUAUGCUGCUAAAUGAUCAAGAUGAGGAUUGGUUUUGGGUCUCGACGGAUGAUGGCGAAGAAGGCUUUGUACCUCGAUCUUUUGUCGUCUCUCACGUCUGCGAAGCGUGUGUCCAGCGAUUAUCUUCACCAAACGGUGCGUCGCUCAACUCACCGAACCUCAGCUCCUCUGACGUCACACCAUUAAGUUCGAGUUCUACCGGGAUGAAGUGCAAAUCAUGGCAGACGGAUGUAACCUCAUCAACAUCCAGUGAAAAGACUUACACCCUGAAAGGGACGCGCUUAAUAGUACUGUACAAUUUUGAGGGGAAAGCCUUUGACGAUUUGACUGUUAGGCCUGGAGAAUAUGUCUAUGCAAACCUCAAGGACCAAAUUGUGCCUGGGUAUAUCUGGGCUUAUUCGCCGAAUAGUAAGAAAUCUGGUUUUAUUCCAGAUGAUCAUGUUAAGGAGCCAGUGAUAACAGACAUCUAAUGGGGUAUUGGAAGUUCUUAUUUCCAUAACAGUAGUAAAAUGUCUCCGUAACAGCUUACAUGGUUUUACAUGCUGGAUGACUGACUUAAUGAGAACUGAGUUCCUGUCAGUUAUUUAUCGCCGCUACAGUAGAGAUGAGCUAGCGCUGUGUAACGAGCAAACGAGGCCGUGACAAAGAGAGAUCAGGGCAUGGAUGACGCCGGGAUUUGUCAAUUUGAUUCUACGAAAUUGUUUUUAAUUCUAAACAAAAUUGGGAGUUUGUUCGGUCUCAUUACGCGGAGAGAUUUUCUAUUCAUAACCUUAUUAAAACUGAGACCCUCCAGGCUUGAGCUUUCCGCUCUGGUAAUAUAGAUUUUUUCCUUGUCACAUGGUAAGAAGCCUAUUUUAAUACAAGACCGAUGUAUUAGGAAUCAGUGUCUUUUUUGUAAGCUUUUUGUUAUCUAACCCAAGGUAAAAGCCUUCUUUUUUAAAAACUAAAUAAA